AUAAAUAUGCUGCAACGAUGCGACCACCAGUGAGUGUAUUCAAGAAAAGCUUUAUGGCUAUGGAUAAUCCUAUAUUGAAUUAUGUGAUUGACCAUUCUCUGAGAGAACCGGCCAUACUCAAAGACCUACGUGAGACGACAAUGAGCACGUUCAGAGAGUAUGAACUGCUAAUCGCACCAGAGCAAGCACAGUUUUUUAGAAUAUUAUUAAAAAUGCUUGAUGCUAAGAAAGCUAUUGAAGUCGGCGUGUUUACAGGAUACAACACUUUGAGUAUGUCGCUAGCAUUGCCAGAUGAUGGCAAAGUGAUUGCGUGUGAUGUUUGUGAAAAGUGUACUAACUUUGCAGAGCAGUAUUGGAGCAAAUCGGACAUCAACCAUAAAAUUGAUUUAAGAUUACAACCUGCACUGAAGACUCUAGAUUCCUUGAUUGAAGCGGGCGAGAGUGGCACAUAUGAUUUCAUAUUUAUUGAUGCCGACAAAGAAAAUAAUAGUAAUUACUAUGACAGAGCUUAUACCUUAUUGAGGAAAGGUGGCAUAAUAGCCAUAGACAAUGUGAUUUGGGGAGGCAAAGUGGCCGAUGAAAUGGAGACAGAUAUCAAAACCACAGCAAUAAGAGCAUGUAAUGAUAACAUAUAUAGUGACCAGAAUGUUGAUAUCAGUAUGCUUACAUUAGGAGAUGGUGUAAUGUUAGCGAUGAAGAAAUGAGUGCACACUGGCGAUAUCGUUUUUAGCUCUGCUGUCGACAAAGACGACACAGCGGAGCUGUUCAUAUUACUGAUUGUCCGUCGUCGUCGUCGUCGUCCGUCGUCGGCGUCGUCGUCGUCGGUGUCAACUUAACAAUUUCAACUUCUUCUUCGAAACCGCAAGUCAG